CAUCUUGCCGCCACGGUCAUGAUUCUCGAUUUCUCGAUUUCUCGAUUUCUUGAUUUCUUGCCUUUCAUCUCUCUCUCAUUCGCGCCAUCUCACAAUCCUUUCGCUUCAUUUCUCAGCCCACCACAAUUCAAGAUACCCCAUAAUGGAGGUCGUCCAACCAGAUCUCAGAAAUCUUAUGAUAGAAAAUGCUCGACGAUCCAAAACGCUCUUUACAGACUCAUCCGGCGGAUCGGCGCGAAAGAAGCUCAAACUAACGACAGACACAAAUGAACCAUCGCAACGCGAAAAAGAUGCACUAUCCGUCCGCCUCCAUGCUGAGUAUCAACACGUCCGAGAGUUACCAUCUGUCAUAUCUCAGAAGCAAGCCACUGCUAUGAGCCUCAGGAAGAAGGGGAAAAGGCCAGCAGCGAAUGAAGAAGAGCAAAAGACACAAAAGCUAAUCGAAGGCAUACCACAACCCCUUAGCAGCACCAAUGUACCUCAACCAGGAUCCAAUGCCCUCGUCCAAAUACGCAGACCACCACCAACUACCUCGUCAUCAUCCGAUGCGAACUCGUCGACUGCCUUAAGCGUCGCCCGCGCUCAAGCGACACAUCAAGUCAAGCCCGACUGGCAUCCACCUUGGAAGCUCAUGAGAGUAAUCUCAGGCCAUUUGGGCUGGGUUCGAAGUCUUGCGGUUGAGCCACAUAACCAAUGGUUUGCUAGUGGUGCCGGCGAUCGAACUAUCAAAAUCUGGGACCUAGCUACCGGCAACCUCAGAUUGACCCUGACCGGUCACAUAUCCACUGUCCGCGGCCUCGCUGUAUCUCCCCGGCACCCUUAUCUCUUCUCCUGCGGCGAAGACAAGAUGGUCAAGUGCUGGGACUUGGAGACCAACAAGGUCAUUAGGCAUUACCACGGCCACCUAAGCGGUGUCUACACCUUGUCGCUUCAUCCCACUCUUGAUGUACUGGUCACGGGCGGGAGAGAUGGCGUUGCUAGGGUGUGGGACAUGCGCACCCGCAGCAACAUCCACGUCUUAUCCGGCCACAAGGGGACUGUCGCCGAUGUCAAAUGCCAAGAAGCUGACCCUCAAGUUAUUACUGCCUCACUCGACUCGACGGUAAGGUUAUGGGACUUGGCCGCCGGCAAGACCAUGGGUGUCCUCACCCACCACAAAAAGGGCGUUCGCGCCCUCGCACUACACCCUUCCGAAUUUACCUUUGCUACGGGGAGCACCAGCAGCAUUAAGCAAUGGAAGUGCCCAGAGGGUGCCUUCAUGGGCAACUUCGAAGGGCACAAUGCCAUCAUUAAUUCUCUGGCUGUCAAUGAGGACGUCCUGUUUUCUGGAGGAGAUAAUGGUUCUAUGAGCUUCUGGGACUGGAAAUCGGGACAUCGAUUCCAAGCUCUGGAUUCUAUUGCCCAGCCAGGAUCCCUGGAUGCCGAGGCCGGCAUCAUGAGCUCGACCUUUGACCGCACAGGUAUGCGCCUUAUUGUUGGCGAGGCGGACAAAACCAUCAAAAUAUGGAAGCAAGAUGAUAAAGCCACGCCCGAAACACACCCACUAGAAUGGAAGCCGACCUUGGGCAGACAGAAGCAUUAGAUGAGAAAGACGGUCAUGUAUACAGCGUGGUGCAUCAGUUACUUAAAGGGGAGUAUGGGGGUUAGUGGAGUUGAUUAUAAGUCACGACAACCUCUAGUUACGCACUAGGUCGGAAGGAGAUAGGAACUACAUAAUAUUAGAACGCUGUAAAGAUAAAU